AUGAAUUCAAUAUCAUAUAUUGCACAAACUUUUGAUCGUGCUUUAAAUAAUGAUUCAACAAAUCCUUCACAAAUAAUACCAAGAGAGAAUUCUAAAAUAAUACAUAAAUCUAAUGAUUCAAGUGAUGAAAUAUCCAUUGUGUCAAAAAGGCAAUCUAAUGAACUUGAUGAAUUAACAAAUAUUGAUGAUAAUAAUACAUUAUCAAAUGAAUCAAAAUUAUCAUUUCUCUUAAGAAUAAUACUAUUCAUUCCAAAUUUAAUUAUAAUACGGCCAUUAUUAUUCACUUGGUUCAUAAUAACUUUCCCUUUGAAUCUAUUAGAAAGUAGAUCUUCAAAUGAUGAAGAUGAAGAUCAUGAAUAUAAUGAAUAUAAUGAACAAAAACCAAAUACAUCAGAUCAACAACCAAAUAAUUCUGAUAGUGAACCACCAUCAAAUUCACCUUCCCCAUUAUUAUCACCAAUUUCAGCAAACUCAAAAUCAACCCCAAAUUCACCUUCACUUUCACCUUCUCAUUCACAUUCUCAUUCACAAUCUUCAUCAAAUUCAAAAAAUUUUACAAUCCCUGAAAUUGAUGAAGAAACUGAAUCAUUAUCACCAAACUCAUUAACUCAACCAAUUGAUUUAAAAUCUCCAACUUCUCCAACUUCAUCAGUUUUAUCAAAUUUAAAUUCAAAAUAUUUAUCAUUCCCAAAAUUUGUAUUCCCAAGAAAUUUAAUAAAUUCAAAUCAUAAAAAAACUCUUAUAUUAGAUCUUGAUGAAACUUUAGUACAUUCUUUAUCAAGAGGUACAAGAAUGAAUAAUGGUCAUAUGAUUGAAGUCAAAUUAAGUAAUCAAGUUGCCACAUUAUAUUAUGUUUAUAAACGUCCUUAUUGUGAUCAUUUUCUUAAACAAAUUUCAAAAUGGUUUAAUUUAGUUAUAUUCACAGCAAGUGUUAAAGAAUAUGCAGAUCCUGUUAUUGAUUGGUUAGAAUCUGAAAGAAAAUAUUUUUCUAAAAGAUAUUAUAGAGAUCAUUGUACUUUAAGAGAUGGUCAAGGUUAUAUUAAAGAUUUAAAUAUUGUUGAUAAAAAUUUACAAAAUUUAAUCAUAAUUGAUAAUUCUCCUAUAAGUUAUGCAUGGCAUGAAUCAAAUGCUAUAAUUGUGGAAGGUUGGAUUAAUGAUCCAAGUGAUUCGGAUUUAUUAAAUUUAAUACCUUUAUUAAAUGGUCUUAGAUUUACAACUGAUGUGAGAUCGAUAUUAGGUUUAAAAAAUGGUGAAAUUGCACUUGAAAAAUAA